AUAAAAUAGGUUCAGUAUAUAAUUACAUGAGUAAAAUUAGUAUAUUUUACUAUCGAAUCGCUGUUUAGGCAAGGCCGUAACUGGUGGAGAAGUCCAGGGGUCUGGACCCCCUCCCUCAAAACUUUUUAAAAAUAGAAACAUUUUAGUGGUGAGCAUAAUAUAUUGACAUUUUUAGUAAAAAUAUUAAAAAAAAAAGUUGGACCCCCUGAAAUUUUUUUUCAAUUACGGCCUUGGCUGUAGGUAAUUCUGGACAUUGGUUAAUAAAAACAAUUAAUAUAAAAACAAAUGUUUUAAUACAUUAGUAUUAUAUUUUGUAUUAAAAAUUAUUAUUCUGUACUAAAUACGGUUGUGUCACAUAUCUACAUAUAUAAACAUUAAAUGCUAUUGGUGGGUACCAAACUACCAAACAGGAAACAGGAAAUCCGAUAGCAGAUGGCAGUUGGGCAGUAAAUUACUACCUAUUGUGUUACCUGUAGGCUGUAGUUACAGGUGACAGGUGAAUUCAUUCGUGCGUUGACUCUUGAGUGGUUGGAUGUGUAAUAUUAAACUAUAAUAUUCGUUUUCGAUUUUAUUUGCCGUAUGUGUUUUUCUAGUUUCGAUGCAAAUACUCAAUAUUUCAUACCACGUACAACGACGUUUUAAGUGUCUUGUAAAAUUGUAGUUAUAAAUAUUUCCUACUUUCAAAAUCAAUUAAUAAAUACAUAAUAGAUACCUAUUAUUAUUAUUAUUUUUAUUAUUUCUGCUUAAACCGUUCGUGAUGGACGAAGACAUACGAUACCAACGCCUUCCCCAAUCAUUCUCUGUCAGAGAACUCGGGUCUUCCGAGGCCAGAGGCUUAUGGGGAAUCAAACACACGCGGAAACCAGUUGAUUUGAUGGUAGCAAAAGCUAAAAGCUCGUCAACGCCCUUACAGCCACAAGUCGAACUACGAAUCACCGAAGACGGAUGUGAAAUUAUUGGUGACAAAUUUAGAAAAGUUUUCCCCAUUCACACGGUUUCUUACGGAGUUCAAGAUUUGGUUUAUACAAGAGUUUUCUGCAUGAUAGUUGUUAAAGAACAAAUAAGUACGGACAGAAAACCAUUUGAUUGUGUGGCGUUUGUCUGCGAAAGUCGUCAAGCUGCAAGAAAUUUGACUUAUACUUUAGCUACAGCAUUUCAAGCGUAUAGCAGGAAAGUACGUAGUACUGGAACAUCUAAAUCUCGCUUUGCCAUUGAUUUAAGAACUGCUGAUGAACUAGAAAUGGAUCUUAAGAAAGUUGACUCUGAGGCAUAAUAUUGUCAUAUUGAUAGUUUUAUUUUAAAAUUAAAUUUAUAAAUGUUUUUAUAUUGAAAUAUUAUUUAAAGAAAAAAAAAUGCUUUGAUACCUACUAUGUGUAUGACUAUUUAACUUAAGAUUUUACUAUGAUUUUCUAAUUAUUACUUAUUACUUAUUAGUAUUAAACUCAAUUAAAAAUUUAAUUGUGGUAUUUAUAUAAAUACAUUUUGAUUUGAUAGUAUUAUAAACAAUUUUUUUAAAUUUGAUAUUUUAAUGUGGUUGUUGGUAAUAUUAUUUGUUUAUAACUGUCUUUUUUUUUUUUUUUAUUGUUUUUACCAAUGUUGGUAUUAAAUAUUAUAUAUUAUAUUUAAUAUACUGCUUAAUUGUUAUUACCUAUAUAAUAAACCUAAAAACUUAUAAGGUCCUAUAAUUGUAACUGGCAACUGGAAACUUAAUUAUCUGUACAAUGUUAAUGUUAAGUACUAUAAUAAAAAUGUAUUACUAUUAUGAUUUUAUAAUACAUUAAUGGUCUUACCAAUACAGGAGGUAAUAUAUUAACGGUUCUCAACCAUUUUAUCAUUUAAGUUCCUGAAUCAGUUACAAACUAACUAUUGUACUUAAUAUUACAAAUAUGUUAGCAAUAUUUUUAAUAAAUUAGAUUUGCAAU